UUCAUUUAGUCAGCAGCUACUUUGUCUCAUGGAUUCCCUGGAGGAUGGGAAUCACACUGCUGUGACGGAGUUCAUCUUAUUGAGCUUAACAGAUGAUCCAAUCCUUCGAGUCAUCCUCUUCAUGGUUAUCCUAUGCAUCUACCUGGUGACCAUGUCUGGCAAUCUCAGCACAAUCAUUCUUAUCAGAAUCUCUUCUCAGCUUGAUCAUCCUGUGUACAUUUUUCUGAGCCACCUGGCUUUUGUUGACAUGGGCUAUUCAUCUUCUGCCACACCCAACAUGCUUGUGAAAUUCCUCAUGGAGAGAAAUACAAUCUCUUACCUUGGACGUGCCAUCCAGCUUAGUUCAGCGUUUUUCUUUGGGACAGCCGAAUGCUUCCUUCUGGCUGCCAUGGCUUAUGAUUGCUUUGUGGCAAUUUGCAGCCCACUGCUUUAUUCAACCAAAAUGUCCACAAAAGUCUGUGUUCAGCUACUCAUAGCUUAUAUAGGUGGUUUUCUUAGCGCUUCCUCCUCUACCUUUUCCUUCCUUUCUUUAUUCUUCUGUGGACCAAAUCGAGUCAGUCAUUUUUUCUGUGAUUUUACUCCUUUACUUGAGCUCUCCUGCUCUGAUACCUGUAUCCCUGCAGUCAUUCCCUCAUUUUCUGCUGGCUCCAUCAUUGUGGUCACUGUGUGUGUCAUAGCCGUUUCCUACAUCUACAUCCUCAUCACCAUCCUCAAGAUGUGCUUCACUGAAAGGCACCACAAGGCCUUCUCCACCUGCACUUCCCACCUCACUGCAGUCACUCUGUUCUAUGGGACCAUUACCUUCAUUUAUGUGAUGCCCAAUUCCAGCUACUCAACUGACUAGAACAAGGUGGUGUCUGUGUUCUACAUGGUGGUGAUUCCCAUGUUAAACCCCCUGAUCUACAGCCUUAGGAACAAAGAGAUUAAAGGGGCUCUGAAGAGAGAGCUUAAAAGACAAAUAUUGUCCAUUGAUGCAUAUUUCAACAGUAGGUAUGGAAGCCAGGCAAUUUUCACUGUGCAAUAAAAUUAUGCUUAUGCUAAGUUUGAUACACUUGGGAUAUAUCACCUUAAGUAUAUUAUCUGUUUGGGGAAAUUACACUGACAAUUCAUAGCAAUUGAAAAUUGCAUGUACACAUAAUUAUGUAAAAGUGUGUGUCUAAAGUAUUCUCUAAAUCAGGGGUUCCAUUAAUCCUUUCAUUUCAUUAUUCCAAAAAGGAAUCACUACUUUUGGCUGUCAUUUCAGUUCCUAAAAAAUUAUUUUAAAUCUAUAUGUACCUUGUUGAGAAGCUCACUGUGACUAAUGAAUGAUCCAAGAGAAAGGCUUUAAUGAGUAAAAAUUGCCCAAAUUCCAUCAGGGAGAAUAAAUUGCUCCUAACACGUCCCACACUAGCAUUUUAUCAUAUUACUUGAACAAGACCUGUAAUAUUUUAAAAUCUUCCUUAAAUUAUUUGUUUUUAAGGAAGCCUUUAA